GAGGGGAAUGAAAUGCUGACUUUUGUGGUGAAAUCAAGGUCCUUGAGAAAUGGAAAUGAGUUGAGCUUCCAAGUGAGAUAUUAAGUGAGAAACCUACAUUGAACUAGCUACAUGUGAGCAAUGGGAUGGUGUCAAAUCAAGGUAAUUGGACGUCUAAACCUGAAGACUAAACCAUCAAAGAUAAUUUGUUUACAGAUGAACUAUCAGAGGGAAGUUGAUGGUUCCCAUUUUUGUGGUUUUGCUUCCUCCACCAUGACUUUUUAAACUGACUAAAUGACAUUCGUCGCGUGUCAUCGCAGAACGGUAGAACCAUGAGCAGACAAACAGUGAACAUACAAUUUUGUUUUCUACUGGUCUGUUUGUUCCUUAAAACAGCAUUUCUCCAGGUCACAUGUGAACUGAAGUUCCAGAUUGUAAAGCCAGUCUCACUGGUUGGUGAGGAGGUCCAAAUGACCUGUGACGGACCAUGUUCUUCAUUCAACUACACCUGGUGUCAUCUGAACGAGACCAAAUAUACAGGCAGCAUUUACAUUUUACAUGUCACCCUUGAGAACUCUGGAGAAUACAAGUGCUCAUGUUAUAUAAAUGGAAAUGUGUGCUACAGUAAAGCAGUCAAUCUGACUGUUGUAGAGAGACUCUCCAAGGUGUGGGUGUCUUCCACAGCCCUGGCCAUAGUGGAGGGACAGAGUCUCACCUUGCACUGCGAAGCCGCCUCCCAGCCCUCCUCUGUGGCCUGGACAUGGACGCGGCUGAACGAGAGUGGCGGGUGGAGCGCCGUGAGUGCCGAGCAAGAGCUGACCCUGACCAGGGCAGGCCAGAGUGGCCAGUACCAAUGCCACGCCUACAGCAAUGUCCUGGGCCUCACGCAGAGCCAGAACAGCUCCGUUCACUCAGUCUACAUCAUCUCCUUCCCCCUGACGGGCAGUGUGAAUGCAGGAGUGGCCGGCCUGGGCCUGGCUCUCCUUGCCCUGGUUUCUCUGCUCCUGCUGAUGAUGUGGCGAGGGCGGCAGCUGGCCAAUGAGUCUCUGGCCGCAGGGGGCACUCUAGCCAAAGGUGAAUCACACCGUCUGGAGAAGUUCAUCGACACCUUGUACCAGAACCCCAGGGUGCAUUUGGCUUAUCCACGGGAGAAAACGGACAAAACCGGACUUGCUGGACCUACAAAAGCACAAAAGGGGAGACAGUGCCAAGGUCAGACUGGAGAUACAGGAGAAAUCUACAUGAACUGUGGCAGAAUUACGCAGACUUGUCACCAGCUUACAUAAUAGGUGAAGAUAACUAUGCCAGCUUGUCUUGAUUGUAGAUUAAGGUACUUGCACAAUAACUGAAACAGGGUAUGCAAAACCUACCGCUAGGGAAUACCAGACCAACUUGACAAACCACUGAAAUGGAAGAAGGGAUAAUUAUGUUGGGCACUGCCAAACCCUGUGGGGUAGUUUCUCAGACCAAUAUAAAACAUCUAGCACUAAAAACAGUUCCAACUGAGAUACUCUGUUGUCAGGCUUUCUUUUCCAGGACGAUGUAUCGUCUGCGUCUGGGUUGCUGUCUAGGGCCCGAAAAGUUAGUUUGUUUCAUAUUUGAUGAAAAAACACUUGACUAGAAAGAUGUGUGGCUUUAAAGAUUUUCUUUUACUCACCUUUUCAUUUUUGUUUGUCUGUGUUAAUGAUUUGCAAGAGGGGGGAGAUUGGUAUUUUCUGUAAUAUUUUAAUAGUAGCUUUAAAUAAAAUAAAAAAUGC